ACCUUACUUGUCCAACACUGAAGCCCUAUGGUAUAACGCUGGUCCGCAACAAAAAGAGAAAGCUCGAGUGAGCGAGAGUUCUUGAAGAAGAAGAAAAGAGAAAGCGAAGAAGCAGAAGAAAGGGGAGUGAGUGUGUGAGGGUUUGGGUGUUGAGAAUCGAGAAUGUUCCGAAACCAGUACGACACGGACGUCACCACAUGGAGCCCGGCGGGGCGGCUCUUCCAGGUGGAGUACGCCAUGGAGGCGGUGAAGCAGGGCUCGGCGGCGAUAGGGCUCCGAUCGAAGACUCACGUCGUUCUCGCAUGCGUCAACAAGGCCAACUCCGAACUCUCCUCGCACCAGAAGAAGAUCUUCAAGGUCGACAACCACAUCGGCGUCGCCAUCGCCGGCCUCACCGCCGACGGCCGCGUCCUCUCCCGCUACAUGCGAUCCGAGUGCAUUAACUACAACUACACCUACGAGUCUCCUCUCCCCGUCGGCAGGCUCGUCGUUCAGCUCGCCGACAAGGCGCAGGUUUGCACACAGCGAUCAUGGAAACGUCCUUAUGGGGUUGGUCUUCUGGUAGCUGGAUUAGAUGAAUCUGGAGCUCAUCUCUAUUACAACUGUCCCAGUGGAAACUAUUUUGAAUAUCAGGCUUUUGCUAUUGGAUCUCGCUCUCAGGCUGCAAAGACAUACUUGGAACGUAGGUAUGAGAACUUCAUGGGCUCUUCACGAGAAGAUCUGAUCAAAGAUGCACUUAUCGCAACUAGGGAGUCCUUGCAAGGUGAAAAGCUCAGGAGUUCUGUAUGCACUGUUGCUGUGGUUGGAGUUGGUGAGCCCUUCCACAUUUUGGACCAGGAAACUGUUCAACAAUUGAUUGAUACUUUUGAGAUUGUGAAGGAGGAAGAAGCCCCUCCAGCUGAACCUCAACCAGCAGCCGAGCAGGAUGCUGCUGCAGAACAGGGUUCUGGCGCAGAUCAAGGUGGUGCUGCUGGAGAACAAGGUGGUUCUCCUAUGGAAAUUUGAUAAUUUAAAAUAAAGUGCUAGAGGUGUUGAAUACCGAUAUUUAAAGAUGGGUAGAUUAGAUUUAUAUUGAGUUUGUCAUGGGAGAAGACAUCUCUUUGAUGGAUUUUCUUUCCUUAAUCUGUUUGCUUCUGCAAUUCAUUUAAUAGUUGUUUGAUGAACUUCACGCACCCUUUACAACAAUUUACUCAAAUUCAGGCCGAAAAAUGUUGGACAAACUGUUUAAGCUCUAUAAUUUUCAUGGGUAACAUUGUUUCUCAAGUUAUGAAAAAUACUGGGUGAACAGUGGCAAUUAUAAACAA